AUGACAUUUAUUCUUAUGUGGAUAACGACUUUCAAGAAUGCAUGGCGAAUCGACUCCUCAAUCCGGCCACUAAUUGAUGUCAAUUAUCUCGAAUUGUUAGAUAGGAGAGUUUUUGGAUUUUCCAUGUUUGGUCUCGCAUCACAAUUUACCUGUUCGGUCAUCGGAAUAUCGUGGAUGUAUGCACUCACUCGAAAGAAGAUAUCGAUCCUUGCUGGACUCCCUCCUCUUCUCCUCAACAUUCUCUACGCCCUCUCCCAUAACCUCUCCGAACCCCUCGAUGUUUUCGCCUGGCUCUCAUAUGGUGUUAUUCACUUCAUCUCUCCUUUCUUUGCCGCAUUCUGGCUCUGGCUAUUCGCAUCACCAGGCGCUGUAUCUAUAUUCGCCUGGUCUUUCGGAAUCCAAAACUGUCUCGGAAUAAUAACCCAUCUCUCCUUCCCAUCCGCAGCCCCCUGGUACGGCGAUCAAUAUGGAUAUCCCCUCCCACCCGGAAACUACAGUAUGCCCGGUUCAGCCGCCGGACUCGUACGAGUCGACAAAGUCCUAGGAACCCACAUCUACGCCAACGCAUUCAAAGCCUCGCCUCUAGUCUUCGGAGCAUUCCCUUCGUUACAUGGAGCAUUCAGCUGUUGCUGUUUCUUCUUCAUCGGUCGCUACUCCAAAAAAGGAACUUUCAUCCUCGGUUUUUACGUUCUCUGGCAAUGGUUCUCCACCAUGUAUCUACGACAUCAUUGGCGUCUCGAUCUUCUCGGCGGACUCGCCUACAGCGCCUUUGCAUUUUCCCUCUUCUACCGCAGUUUACAAAAAAUUGAUCGAGCGUACUCGAUGGGUGUUAGUGGCGGAAACGGAUGGCAGAGAUUGUGGGAAGGUACGAGAUUACAGUAUUGGUUUGAUAGGAGACCCGCUCAGUUGGGCUAUGAGGUCUUGAUGGAAGAUGAGGAGUAUAAUAAAGAAGCGAGGAUGGAGUUGAGGGAAAUAGGAAGUCCUGGGUUGCAGGGAGAGUUGGAGGGUGCGUGGGUGAGGGAUGAGGGGCUUACGUGGACGGUGAAGGAUAUGGAUAGGAGGUUGAGGUAG